CAUCCGGCCGGUCCCUAUCAAUCGAUCAGAGAGAGCAAGAUGGCGCUGGAUGGAGUCAGCGCAGCAGGAUCGAUCACCGAAAAACUCGAUUGGGUUUUGUUUUUCCUAACAGAGUGAAACAGUCUGUAUCUAACGGCCCGAGCAGCGGUUUUAAAACCGGAGAGAAGAAGCGACAACAAGGAGCCUCUUCCACCAUCCUCAAGCCUUCAGGACGAUGGAGUUCCCGUGGCACAGCGGGAAGGUCCUGGAGCAGCUUAACCGUCAGCGCAGGCAGGGCCUGCUGUGUGACUGCACCUUUGUCGUGGACGGGGUGGACUUCAAGGCCCACAAAGCUGUGCUGGCGGCCUGCAGCGUCUACUUCCGCACCCUCUUCCUGGACCAGAAAGAUGUGGUGCAUCUGGACAUCAGCAACGCAGCAGGUUUGGGUCAAGUCCUGGAGUUUAUGUACACAGCCAAGCUGAGUUUAAGUCCACAGAAUGUAGAAGACGUGAUAGCUGUUGCUAACUUUCUACAGAUGCAAGAAAUUUUAAAUGCCUGCUCUGCGUACCAGUCAAUGGCAAAUCCAACUCCGUCCCUCAUAACACUGGACUUCGCCGUUGAAGAAAAACAAGGGGAAGUAGAGCAGAGAGAGGAACUGGAGAGCGAUCUGACAGAAGUGGCAUCUCAAGCAGAGGAGAGUCCUAGCACUCCAACAGAAGAUACAAAAACAACACAAGAUGAGGAAAAUGUGAAAGAAGACAUCUCCACUGAAACACAACAGACUGUUUCUGGGCCCAGCCCAGCCAGCCCCGCCAGCCCCACCAGUCCCACCUCAGGCCGAGGACGAACCCCCAAAACCACCCCCGUCUCUGCUCCGAAGAACAUAUCUGUAAAGAUGGAGGAAGAAAGUGCUGCACAAGAUGCACCUGGAUUUCAGGACGACCCCUCUGAUGCAGACUACACGCCCAAAUCACUGUUGAAAUCUGCCGGCAGCUCGUCCUACAUGAGUUCUCGAGGGAGAAGAAUCAGAAAACCUCCUCGACGGAACUUCCCGCCUGACAACGACUCAGAGGAAGAAGGCACAUCAAAGAGAAAACCAGAGAAGAAGGUGGUGGAGCCGGUAGAAGAGGUCGCAGAAGAGGACGACGACGACGACGACGACGACGACGACUGUGGGGAGACGUGCGACGGGGAAGCUGAUGAUGAAGAGGGGUCUGGAGAGGAGGAAGACGUCGAGGUUAUCCAGCAGAUGGAAGGAACCGAUUCGGGCAGCGACAGAGACGGGAGACAAACUCUGUCGGCGUCUAUGAGCAGCCGAUCCGAGUCGAAGCCUUACAGCUCCGUGACGCACAAGUGUGAGGACUGCGGGAAGAAAUUCACCCACACUGGUAAUUUCAAGCGACACAUGCGUAUUCACACCGGAGAGAAGCCGUUCAGCUGUCGGGACUGCAACAAAGCUUUCUCUGACCCAGCAGCCUGUAAAGCCCACGAGAAAACACACAGCCCUCUGAAGCCAUACAGCUGCUCGACUUGCGGAAAAAGCUACCGCCAGAUCAGCCUGCUCAACCUGCACCGCAAACGGCACACGGGUGAAGCGCGAUACAGCUGCGAAGUGUGCGGCAAGCUCUUCACCACGUCUGGGAACCUGAAGCGCCACCAGUUGGUGCAUAGCGGCGAGAAGCCGUACCACUGUGACUACUGUGAGAAGGCCUUCUCCGACCCCACCGCAAAGAUGCGACAUCUGGAGACGCACGACACGGAGAAGGGCAACAAGUGUUCAUACUGCGACAAACGCUUCAACCAGCCGGGAAAUCUGAAGGCUCACUUAAAGAUCCAUAUCACAGACGGGCCUCUUAAGUGCAAGGAAUGUGGCAAACAGUUUACUACUUCAGGAAAUCUGAAGAGACACCUGCGAGUCCACAGUGGGGAGAAACCGUACGUCUGUAUGCACUGCCAGAGAGCGUUCAGUGACCCUGGAGCUCUGCAGCGGCAUGAACGCAUCCACACAGGAGAGAAGCCCUGUGUCUGUCUCAUCUGUGGCAAGGCCUUCACCCAGGCCAGCUCGCUCAUCGCUCACGUCCGCCAGCACACCGGAGAGAAACCCUAUGUGUGUGAUCGCUGCGGCAAAAGGUUUGUGCAGUCCAGUCAACUGGCCAAUCACAUUCGGCACCACGACAACGUCCGACCGCACAAGUGUCAGAUGUGCAACAAGGCAUUCGUUAAUGUGGGAGAUCUAUCGAAGCAUAUCAUCAUUCACACGGGGGAGAAACCUUUCCUGUGUGAUAAAUGCGGCCGAGGGUUCAACCGGGUGGACAACCUGCGCUCCCACGUCAAGACCGUCCACCAAGGAAAGGCCGGCAUGAAACGGCUGGUGGUAGCCGGGGGCAGCACAGACGACGGGGUUGAUGGGUGCGCGGGGGCGUCCACCUCUGACAGCGAGAUCAACAUAGUUACCGUCACCACAGAGGACAUCGUCACCCUGGCAACCGAGGCCCUGGCAGCCAGUGCUGUAGCUCAGCUGACAGUAGUUCCAGUGGCUGCUUCAGUGUCUGCAGAUGAGACGGAGGCUUUGAAAGCUGAAAUCACCAAGGCAGUAGAGAAAGUGCAAGAAGCAGACCCAAACACCCAGAUCUUGUACGCUUGUGAUUCAUGUGGUGAUAAAUUCUUGGACGCCAGCUCCCUGGCCCAGCACGUACGCAUCCACACAGCUCAGGCCUUGGUCAUGUUUCAGGCAGAUUCCGACUUCUACCAGUACACCACAGCCACCACCGCCGAGGGGGAUUCUGCCACAACAUGGCAACCCACAGCUGAACAAGUCAUCCAGGAAGGAGAGCUGAUCUUCCGUACCCAGGAGGGAGAGGGAGAGGGAGAGGAAGAGGGAGGGAUGGUGGAGGAGACACAAGAACAAGAAGAAGGGACAGGAGGAGAUAUUCAUGAGGAGGGGAGGGAGGAGGAAGAGGUGGAAACUCACACUGAGCUCCACACAGAAGGAAAAGAUGAAGCUGCAGCAGAGGUCGAGGAGGAAAAAGAAGAGGAGAUGGAAUGUGAGAGUCAGGCGUAGCGAGGCAGAUUUGUGAAGAGUGAAUGAAAUGUUGCUGGUAACAGAAAUCUAAUUUAUACAGAGGAAGGAAAUAUAAGAAAUGAAGUGAGUUGGUGAGGCCUCGGAGUUUCAACAGGCCUUUGAAUGUAUGGUCAAAAAAUCAUGUUUUUUGCAGUCCUAAUUCCAGGAAACAAGGUCAGAUCCAGUUGAAAACUGUUGAUCAAUUCUUCCAGAGAUGGUUAUACUACUUUGUAUAGUUUGUUUAAAGCAGGACUGUGUGAUGUCCUUUGUAUUUAGAUCACAAUUCUGUCUUACCUUUAUCCACUUAAAGAAAGACCUCUGUGUUAUUUUCCCAUCUCACUUAGAUGAGAUAUGUACAUUUUCCUUAAAUAGUCAAACUAUUUUAUUGUACUUAGUUGUAAGUAUUUUCCUGAAAAUGACAUUAUACAGAGAUUAUCCACAUGAACAUGUGGAGGUAUUAAAGAUUUGAGGGGUGAUUAUCACCUCCUCCUCUUUCCAGAAGUAGAAUGUCAUAUAUUCAUGUACAGGCAAACAUUGUAAAUGCUGUGCAUGUAUAAUAUUUGUAUAUUUGUUAUGUGUCCUCUAAAAAAAAGUCUUAAUACCUCUGAUAAAAUAUAAAAAGAAAUGUGUGGUGAUGACAACCUGGUCAAAAAUUCUCAGUUUCACAUUUUUUUCUGGUAUUGCAGUAAAUUGGUCACAAGACGGUUCCCCGUCUGUCACCAAUGGUUUUAUGUCAUUAUUUUGUCUGUUUAUAUUAAGACCUCUGCCAGAUGCAAUGUUAGAUAUCAUUGCAUAACAUCCUAACAUGGAUUAGACUCGCUGGAAGUCAUCAUCUCAUCAAUAAAGAGUCAUCACACAGUCUGA